AUGCGCAAGUUCCCGGAAUGCAUCAUUCUGACACGAGUUGGCGACUUCUACGAAAUGUACUUUGAACAAGUCGACCAAUAUGCCCACCUUGUCAACCUCAAGAAAGCGAAGCGAGCCACUGCAAUUGGAGAUGUCUCAAUGGCCGGCUUCCUGCAUACGCAGCUUGAUCGCUAUCUGAAGAUGUUCGUCCAGGACCUAGGCAAAAAAGUCGCCAUCAGCGAGCAGAUCCGAAUCCCUCCUGAGGAGCGUGAAAAGCGGUUUGGCUCGAUGAUGUAUGACCGCAAGGUUACCAGAGUCAUCACAGCGGGGACUUUGAUCGACGAGAACUUCGUUGACCCUUACGAGAACAAUUACCUGCUGGCGGUGCACAUCGAUGGCAACGUAGCGUCCCACUCAACAGUCGCUGGUCGCGGCACAGCGGACGGACGAGUCAAGAGUCCGACCAAGGUUGGGCUGAGCUGGGUAGAUCUCUCGAGCGGAGACUUCUACACCCAGGUCAGUGAUCUUUCGUCGCUGCCAUCAGUGGUUGCUAGGAUCGGCCCUCGUGAGCUCGUGGUAGAGCAGUCUCUCGAGGAGGUAGAGCCACACGACUACCAGAAGCUACUCGGCGACGCAGCGUUCUCCAUGUCAUUUCAUCGUUCUCAAGCGCCAUUCCAAUCUUUAUCAGGGUGGGCGCCGAUGCUUGAGCGGCCAGUGCCGGAGGAAGAGAAGCACGAGUUCACUCAUCAGGAGCUCGUGGCCGGAAGCCUCAUCCUUGACUAUGUCCGAGAAAAGCUACAAGACACAGCAAUCCAACUACGGUCUCCAGUCCGACGGUCUCAGCUUGAGUACAUGAACAUCGACAAACAGAGCCUGCGUGGUCUUGAGAUCAAGAACACAUUGCGCGACGGUCUGUAUGCAGGAAGCUUGCUGCAUGCCGUGCGACGUACUGUCACCAAAGGUGGCGCACGUCUGUUGAGCCGUCGUCUGGUGUCUCCAUCGUUGUCCUUGUCGGUCAUUGAGAGCAGGCUGGAUCUAUUGCAAGAAGUACUGGAAGACGAUGCUUUCCGCGAACAAUUAAUUGCGUUGCUUCGGCUUACUUCGGAUACGCUGAGACUACUUCAACGCUUUUCCAUAGGCAAGGGCGAUGCAGAUGAUCUGCUAGGGUUGGCCCGCACAAUUCAAGUCAUGAUGAGUCUGUCAGAACUGUUACGAGCUCACAUGCGAGCAUCACGGGAAACCGCCGAAAGGCCGAAUGGCGGUACUCGCUUUCUAAACGACAUACUGGAACGCCUUGAUCUUGACGGCCCAACCAAAGUAGCCAAGGACAUCACCUCAGCCAUCGACGAGGAAGGACUCAAUCGCCAGCACACUGCCGAACAACAGGCUCGCGAAGAGGCAACUGAGAUGGCAGACGAAGUGGAUAAAGCCGAUGCGAGUGGAGAGCAAACCCCGAAGCUAGCGAAGAGAGCUACCACGGCCAACUCUGCAGCAAUGGACUGGGCUGUCGAAGACAUUUGGAUCAUGCGACGGAAUGCAUCUCUGACCUUGGAGCGAGCGCAUGAAGAUCUUGAAAGCCUGCUGCGUGCAAGGCAUAGUCUUGUCCUGCGGCUGAGGAAGCAAUUGGGUGCGCAAAGCUUGACACUGAAAUGGAGUGCACAACUCGGUCACUUCUGCCACGUCAAAGGUAAAGACAUCCGAGCCGCCCUGUCUUCUCUUGACGGUGCCCGUAGUGUGAGCACUACCAAGACUACGCGCUCCUUCUAUCUAUCCGACUGGACGCAUCUGGGGAGGAGGAUCGAAGAUGCCAAACUCCGCAUUCGCGCGGAAGAGGAGCGCGUGUUCGGUAAGCUGCGCGGUCAAGUCAUUGAAAAUUUGAUGAAGCUGAGGCGUAAUGCCGGGGUGCUCGAUGAGCUGGAUGUUGCUUGCUCUUCUGCCAUUGUUGCCCGAGAGCGAGACCUCGUUCGUCCCAUCCUAGACGAAAGCACAUCACACACAAUCGUUGGCGGUCGGCAUCCGACAGUAGACGUUGGCCUCAAAGAACAAGGCCGUCAGUUCACUGCCAACGACUGCACUGUAGGCUCGCAAGAAACGCUGCAGCUCAUCACCGGACCCAAUAUGGCCGGCAAGAGCACAUACCUUCGACAAAACGCCCUCAUCACCAUCCUUGCACAGACUGGAUGCUUCGUGCCCGCCUCAUACGCAAGUAUUGGUCUCGUGGACAAGAUCUUUAGCCGUGUCGGUUCAGCAGACAAUCUCUACCAAGAUCAGUCAACAUUUAUGGUGGAGAUGCUGGAAACGGCUGAGAUCCUGAAGCAAGCUACACCGCGGUCAUUCGUUAUCAUGGACGAGGUUGGUCGGGGAACUACACCCGAGGAUGGAGUCGCUGUUGGUUACGCCUGCUUGCACCACCUGCACUACAUCAACAAGUGCCGGGCGCUGUUUGCAACGCAUUUCCACGCGCUGGCGGACAUGACUAGCAAGUUUGAGAAUCUGGCCUGCUACUGCACUGACGUCACCGAAGAUGCGGACGGGUCUUGGGUCUACGUGCACAGGCUGAGGAGAGGUGUGAACCGUGACUCGCAUGCUUUGAAGGUCGCGCGACUGGCUGGUAUGCCUGAAGAAGCUAUCUCCAUUGCCGCGAGUGUUCUUGGAGCUGGCUCGAAAAGAGCCCCAAGUCAAGAUCAGGAGGAGGAAGCACCUCACGGUUCGGCUUCGGCGGCUGGCUGA